AUGGGCUGCCCCAACAGCUUGCCGGUCUACUGUCUGGUGUGUACUGGGGGUGUACGGCAAUCAGGGGGAGGUGCCAACGGACACACGGGAGAGCGUGACCCAGACCGUCUUCCAUGGGCACCGAGACUUCCGACUAGACCCACCUUGGUGGAGGCAUCGCACAUUGUGAAAGACGUGGAACAUGCUGUGAAUUUGGUGCUGAGGGAAGAGGGUUGGGUCUCAGAGAGUGAAGGAUUAGAGAGUGCGAGGGAACCACCGUCUGUAACUGGGUUACACCAGAAGCCCAAAGUGCCUUUGUUCUGGUCCCCUGGUCCUGCUACCCAUUACCUGAUUGCUGGUACAGACCUAUACUGGUGCUCUUGGAUAGCCACUGACCUAGUAGUGGUAGCUGGAUGGGGUAUAUUUUACUCCAAAAACAGCAGAGGUCAAAGAGCUAGACAGGGUUCACUUAAACCCUCUGGAUAUGGGCAAGUGAAACCACACAGGAAGGGUCAAUUUGCUUACAGCCACCUGGCUUGGCUAAUUUACUCAAUUGCAUUUACUCCAAAAGUGGCUCUGAUACUUUGCACUCCCAUACUAGACCAGAUUGAAGCUGGAGUUCCCCUUGGGUGCACUGGGUUUAGACUCACAGUUUCUCUCUCUGUACCAUUACUAUGGACACUAGUCCGUUCCCUCAGUGCUGAUCCUCGAGGCUGGCUGCACCAAAGAGCAACUGGAUACUUUGUGGCUUCCUGUCUGGACCUACUCGACAGCUAUGCCCUGUUGGAGCUCAUGUUGGAAGAAAAGCUGCCCUACUCCCCUUUUAUGCGUUAUCCCCUACUUGUGGUAUAUUUUGUGGCUUUAGUCUCUCCAGUGCUUUGGCUAUUUGAGCUGGACGCUGUAGCCCCACCAGGCUGCUGCCGUCUUUUUUUGCGUUUUCUUUUUGGUACUCUUGUUGACGCUCCUCUUCUUGCCCUACGGUGCUUUUUCAUGUUGGGUCCAGCUGGUCAACCUAUCUCAGUUUUCAUGCUAAAAAACAUCUUCUUCUUGGGCUGCCAUUGGCUAGAAGUGCUGGAGCUGUGCUGUCUUAUAAGAUCCCCAGGUCCUGAGCAUUCUGACCGGCCUCCUGGACAGUUCAGUCAUUGUGUGUCCGAAAAUGAUAUGGGACCUCAUGCCUAUGUCAACACACUGGCUGUUGCCUCACAGACCUGAGGAUCAUCACAGCUCCAUCUGUAGAAGACCAUGGUAUUCCAACAUGGGUCACAACCAGAUUUCAACCUGAAACUCACCCUAUAUUAGUGGUUGCUAAACCUUUUAAUUUUAAGCCCCACCCUUGAAGGUCAAACCUUUGGUCAGGCCCCCUUGAAGUCCCAGCCAUUGAUCAGGGUAUUCCUUGAAAGUCCAAGGUUCACUCAGGGUCCCUCUUGAAAUUCCAGCAGGUCCAAACUUUGGUUACGGCCCCCAUUAAAGGUUUGGCCUUUUGUCAGGGUCACCCUUAGAUGGUCCAACUUUUAGUCAGGACUCCACUUGAAGAUCCAACUUUUGCUCAAGUUUAACAUUCAGUCAAGGUCUUCCUUGAAGGACCAACUUUUUUUUAGGGCCCCUCUUAAAGGUCUGAUGUUCAGUCAGGGUCCUCCUGGAAGGUUGAACCAUAGGUCAAAGUCUCAUUUAGACAGUGAAAUGGGUACAGAUAUAGAAAAAUAUCACUGUAUCAGUCAUGCAGCCAUAUUUCCAAAAAUAUCUUGGGCACCAAAUACAUAUUCACCAUUAAUCUCACCCUAACUUACCUUCCAGGUGGGAUUUUUUGUGUAAAUUGGAAAGCAAAUGGCAAUAUUCUACAGUUCGUACCCUAAAUGUUCAUACUUUCCCCCUCACCACUAUUUCCAGCCCUCACCGUGGGGGACAACCCCAGAGUUUGGAAACUACUGCCUUAGAGGCUUCCUAAAAUCUAUUUUGAUAUUUUUUAAAAAUACUAUUGAAAGUGUGGUGACUAGCCCUUUAAAUAAUUCUGUAUGGUAUAGAAUCAUUCUUACAGGGAUCCGGUCAUCAUCAUAAAAAGCAAUUGCCAAUGUGAACUAUGACAAUGUCGCUGUUUGUGCUUGCGUGAAGAAGUGUAUUGUCUGGUACUAAAGUAUUUGUCUCUAGCAGCAGUCCCACCUUCCUUUAUGGCAGAGAUUCUAGAUACAGGUGCAAUA